CUCCGAAGGAACAAACAACGCGUAUACGUUGCCAACAAAAGUGAACUUUUCACGCUUUGUGUGCGCCGUGAAAAAUUUGGCCUGUGGCCACAAGUUCCCCAUCAUUCAGCGUGAGUGGCAGUGUAAUGUUUAGAUCUUUUUUUUUUGCCAGUUAAACAAGGGAUCGAUAGCAACGGUAGUGAACACGUGCUAUUAGGGUGUGUUAUGGGGAAUUCCGAAAGGAAUACACAACAAAACGUGGUCGAGUGAGUGUUGUUGAGCCAAAUCGAUGAAAGCCACCGUAAUAAUAAGGAUAACGCAUAAAACUAGGGAAAACAUUGAGUGUACAAAGUUUAUGAAAAAGUAUUAAUGCAAAUCAGUAACGAACGUUGUCCUUGAGACACUGAGUUGUCGCGUGUCUUUUUGCCUCCUCUGUGGGGCACUUUGCAUCCAAAUACCCCGAGUAACUGAACAAAAAGUCAUAGUCAAUUUUGGAUCGUUCAGCUAUUGUUCUAAGUGAUGGCGAUGGUCGUCGUUUGGGUGGAGUGUAGAGUGUUGGAUAUGCGAGGUAUUGAACGGAAAGAUAGAAAUGGUUGCACUACUAAAUGAGCUUCGUGACUCCACUAAACACAUUCAUCAAACCAGCACAACUAGUGGGGCAUAUUGUGGGGGGCGGGGACCAUUCCAGUCGUAUUGGAUUGUGUUCGAACGGAAAACCACAAAGGCAGCGACUGUUGUUGUUAGCUUUAUUUGCGAAGAAGUAACUCCCAACACAACGAUGAAAAACAAGUCUCCGCGGAACGACUCCUCACCGUAACAAUAUCGGUUCCACGGUGGUAUAUGUGCUGCCAGCUACCACAAACUGGUGGAUUUCCCGAAUGCACGCUAUCAGGUCCUGAAGAAAACAAGAGAACGAAAAGGUUGUAUGUAAAAGGGCAUUGAUCCAAGUUCAAUCGGUGCUCGGUUGUGAACACGUGAGGAGUGUCAGUCAGGCAGCGGCAGGGAUUCACAUGGAAAAUUUGUGAUGCACGAAAAACUGGGAACAUCAGCAUUCGCAAGGCCGUGUCGUUGUCUAUCAAUUCAGUAAUAAAUAACGUUUACGAGCCAGUGUUCAGUCCCGCUUUUCGACUGUGAAAUUGUGAAGGUGGCAGCGAACGAACCUUCUCCACCCUGUGACAGCAGAUAGUGUAUCGAUCAUGGAUUUCAGUGUUUGCUAAAUUACUAUCGUCAAUAAUCUGCCAUUUGUUGUCUCAAGCGUAAGCGCACAUGUCUCCGGAAGGGGGGCGGUGAUAGGCGCAUUUUCCGCAGGAAUAGCAAGUCAAACAAGGAUGGCAGUAAAUUUUACAUCGUGCUUCAGUCGGUUGUAGUGUAUUAUUUUUCCUGGAGCUAGAAAGCAUAACAUACGCUGCCUGCCUCACGACGAUUUUUCUUGUGGAACUGCUCAGAUUGGAAUUCGUUAAGCAUAAAACGAGAAAAUGUCUACCAGUCGAUAUUUAAACUGGUCGCGACCGUCGCCCGGUAGGCAUCCGCUCCGCAAGCAGAUGUCCUGUAUUGAAUCGUUCUCCAGCCACAGUGGAAGAAGUCUUUCGGUAAAUAAUCUUGCCUCAGUAUCCACGGAUAAAAGUGUUGAUUUUGCCACCUUCGUCACGACGGCUAUAAUUCAUACGAAUCGUUUUCAAAAUUAUCACACCUAUCAUCAGGCUCAUCGUGGUACGGCCUUUUUCGGUAACGACGGAGGUGGCAUCCAGCCACUUUCCAACGGACAACCGGUGGCAACAUUGAGGGCUAGACCGGCCAGUGCUACUGUACGAUCUUCCUCAGCAUCGUCAUCAUCGUCUUCGUCGUCAUUCGCAGCAUCCUCGAAUGCAAUGGCGAAAAGAGUGAACGCAGUGGGGAACGGGAAAGUGCUGGCUAAACAACUUUCAUUGGAUCAACAAUCGUCAACCGCAAGACAGGGUCCCGAAGCUGGUCACGCAUGGAUGACCACCACUAACGCACCGUCCGUCAGCUGUGGUCAAACUGUUGUAACUCGUGGAUCGGAUCAGUGUUCCGAAAAUCCGAAAAUCAACGGGAUUAAGAAGCGGCCACCAGGGAUAGGUGUGAAAAAUGACCCCGAGCCCAACGAGCACACCAAGAAAGUGCUGAAGCAGGGCAAGGAUGCCCGCAUUAACAUUAAAAUAUUUCUUGGUGAAACCGUGCAACAAGAUUCAUCCGAUACAGGCGUCAGUGACACGGAAAGCUCCACGAAUCACACCGAACCAUCGCCCCCACAACGCCUCCCUCAGAACCCACAGCAACUGCUACAAAGUAUUCCGAAGAUGGAGGAGGUGAACAUGCACCCGGAAGGAGAAAGCAAACCAAAGUCUACGCAACUAUCCAGCGAGGGAGGCUCUUCCUCAUCCGCAUCCACAGCCAACAAUGGUCGGAACUCAUCACUAGCCCAACGCAGAGCGCAGUUUCACGCCAGUCGUCAACAUUCCGAAGCUACAGAGAAACGCCCGCCACUGGUGCGGGCUAUGUCAGCACCGAUCCGUCCGAUAGACGACAACUCAAAGUUCCUACAGAGCAAGAAGAAAAUUCGCAAGAAAAAACUUCUGCGUGAACGCGACGAAAUUGGUGAGUGCGAUGAGGAGGAUGCUAACGAAGAUGCUUCUGCGAUCAAACUCAACACAGCGAACAGCAAGAACACGAUCGCCGGCCCUCGAUCACGGUCUGUUAUAGGUGGCGCGUGCGACAUUGAAACACUCGUAUCUCUGCUAAGUUCGGGCGGUAGCGACUCGGAAAAGGAGGACACCGUUCCCACCGAAAACGACCCUUCGCCCACUACUUAUUCCACCAUAAUCGGGCCCGGCUUUAAACCACGCGGCCCAAUGUUGAAGAAAACUGGAAAGUCAGUAUCCUUUCAGGAAAGCGAAUUGAAACCUACAGCGGGACUCAAUCGAGACUACUAUACACCCGGUCAUCGUAAGCCACCCUUAAUGCAGCCUUUUGCCAAUCGAAUCAGAAGGAGUCAACAAUUGGCCAAUUCAUUGAAUGCAUUUCAGCUGAAGGAUAUCAAAAAGAGUUCGAGUGAGGAGACCAAAUCGGACGAGGAUGGGGAUCAUUCCGGUGCAGACGGUGAUUCGUCGAAGGAAAAGACGAAAAAGGAAUCCAACCCGGCAGCUUCAACUCUUCCGAAAUCAUCACCGGACGCAACCACCGGACAGGAUCUGGUCGACGGACAAACGCCAAAGGAGCGCGAAUGCUAUCGACUGUUCCAGAAGAUGUCCAACAUGGGUUUGUCCGUUUCGUACGAUACCAUUCUGCGGGGAAUGCUAACACCCACCGAGCUGAGGGUUCUGCAGAAACAACGCUCGAAGAUGCAAACGCAGCAAGGAUCGCGCCAAAAUAGUAGCGAGACUGAUGUUAAUGAAACCAGCGAUCACAAUAACUGCGAUGGAUCCGUUCUGUGCGGUCCGGUUGAAUCCGGUACAGAGAAGGGUUACGAAGUCGCUAUUGGGCAAGUUCUCGAGGAGCCAGCAGUAGUUGAGCAGUGAUUUUUAUUCUAAAAGGAGAUCGCAAUCUACUUUAACUUUUAGCAAUUUAGAAUUGGUUUAGUCAGCAAACUGUGAUCGCGAUUGAAAUGGCUUUAUUCUGUUGAAAACAAAACAAGUUGGAACUGCACUUAUUAUUGGAGGGCACGUAGAGAAGAAAAGUUUAAUGAUGUUGGUGAAUGGCAAAACAGUUGGUUAAAGGUUAGUUUUUCAUAUAUUGGCACUAUUGGAAUAGUUUCGUUGAACUUUACAAGUUACACAGCACUAGGGGAUAAGUUGCAGAAAAAUAGAAACAAAUAUAUGAUUAUUUAAAUAUAGCAAUAAAUUGGUAGCAGCAGU